AUGCGAUCUCUUGUACAAUUUUCGCGUGUUCUUUCUGCUCGAAACACCACUCAACUUUAUGGUUUGGGAAAGGGUACACCGAGUCUUGUCAUAAAGCAGCAAGUUGCUUCUUAUAGUGCACCAAAACCACCACUUAGCAUUUCUAAAGAAGGCUGGGUAGAUCCCGAUCCACAGUUUGGUGAUUAUCCUAAUCCACCGUGGAAUUAUGCUCAACUGAGAGAUCCUCGUCUUGGGUGGUGGGAUAAGCAAGAGAGGAGAAAUUUCGGGGAUUUGGUUCAUAAAGACUUUGAAGCCCAAGAUAUCUUUGCACCAGAUAUUUACCCGAUAACCCUACCUUUUAUCUUUAAAGGACUUGCGGUUGCUACUGGAGUAAUUUGUGCAAUUUCGUUCAUCGCAACUGUUACAUUUGAUCCUACACCAGAUGCUAUACCACGACAAUUUAUAAGGGAUGGAUUUCCGCCCAAAUUUGAUUGGAGUAAGAGGGAUAGUGAAGGAAACUUUGUG